UGACUAUUAAAUUAGCUCGCUUUAACAAGUCUGUCGGCGGCGCACGUUCCUCCUUGGACGAACGAUCGCAAGAGUUAUUUCGAUAGAAAGCAGAAACAUUGCGAAACACAGUUUGUAUUCUGCCUUCCAUCGUUAAAAACAAUAAUCAUAAGUUAAUCUUCGAGUUUUCAAUCUUGAAUUAACCCGAUAACAUCCUUAUGCAUGGAUUUCAUUUGAGAUGGAGCGACCGAAUUGAAAGACUGCAAAAGGAGGCAAGUUAUGGAAUUCGUCUGCCAGUUUGAUGUUAGGGAAAUCUUGGGCCAGGGAUCUUUUAGUGAAAUCAAAAGAUGCAUCGAUAAACGGACGAGACAAGCUUUCGCCGUGAAGGAAAUUAGCUGUGACACGCAGGAACAGAGGGAGAGAAUUGAACAUGAAAUCGAGGUGAGCAUCAGAAGCGGUGCUUAACCGCGGUGAGUACAGAAUCGACGCCUUCCUGGAUAUACUUGCUUCGUUUAUCGUAAGUGUAAUCAGAAAGAAUGUACGAGAGAGGGCCGCUUACAAUGACAAAGGAUAGCGAAAAAAAAAAAGAAAAGAAUUUCUUCGAAGCUUUGAGUCUACGUAAUUGUUCUGGCGGUUAUACCUGAAGUGUUAGCCCUUCGCUCUGACGGAUGGCUAACGCUCGAAACGUCAUCUUUACAAUAUGUCCACGGUGGCCAAUUCUCAUUUGAUAAAACCAAAUUAUUUUACAAUAUCCCCCACCGAUGCUACACCACAGUUUCUUAUGAAAAAAAAAACCUAUAUUCCUGAGGUGCCAAAUAGACUCAAUUCGUUCAAUUGUUGUACAAAUUUAUUUUUCUAUGUUUGCAUAUCGAUAAAUGGUAAAGCCAGAUUUCUUUGGGUUUAGUUAUGACGUUUAGUCCUCAUUCUUCUACGAACUCGUAUGACUUUCGGGUUAGGAUCGGACUUGUUCAUAAAAUACCUUGUAUGGACCACAAACUUAAAAAGUUAAUGCUUUAAAGCGGUAACUUAACAGAAGUUUUUCACCACGUCUUAGUGUAAUUAGGUCUUAUUGUAAAGAGCGCAAUAAUACUCACAAACAACAUGCAAGGUCAAUUCAUAUAUUUUGGUUUGACGCACGGCACAAAACCGGAAAAUAAUUAACAGAUGAGUGCAAAUUUCCGCAUACACUAUUAAACUACAUUUCAAACACUGCUAACUGAUUUUAUGAUUGACAAGUACGUGAGCAAUAUCGGCAAAUUAAACAGCGCAGAAACUUGGCCUUUUGGACUUGAGUGAUCACUGCAGUCAUUAAGAGUGAGUUGAUGUUUAUUACGUCUGGCAAACCGGUAAUCAAAAUAUGCUAACAAGAUCCGCUUCGUUUAUGAAAAAUAGUUCUCGGUCACGAAACGUGAGGAGGAUCCAAUUUGUGCGUAGAGCUUUGUACGACUGCUACCUUUUUUUUUAAUGAUAACGAGUGAAAACCACACCGCACUUAAAAUCAUGACAAAAACUAGUGCUGUGAUGAAUUUCAACAAUCAUAUUUUUUUCACCUCUUGAUGGCAAAACGCCAAUGAGCGAAUUGGCCGGAUCUACUUGGAUUAAAAUGGUCUGUAUUGGGCGGCUUUGUCAGUAAUAACCACUAUAAAUUUAAGACCUCAGUAAAUAUAGAAAUGUCGCUGAUGACUCUUCUAUCGGAUACUGAUGUCUUUGUACCGCUCAGAAUCAGGAGUGGACGACAUUUUUUUAAUUAAUAAAGGCUGCCGUCCCUGAAAAAAAGGUUGUAUUAUCAAGAGACACAUGUAAGAUAGAUGCAGAAUUUGGAGAUGGAAUGAGAAAAAGGAGUAAAUGAGCCCCUCCUUCCUCUCUUACCUCUGACUUGUUUGUUUUUUAAUUGAGUUAAAAAGCCAACAGACAAGAACAAAAGAUGAACAACUGCAUUGGCUUCUCUGAACUUGUUCUUAAAGCUCGUUGCUGUUUCCAAUACGGCCUUACACAUGCCUUUUUACAUAUUUGGCGCUGUGGUAGUGCGCAGUUCCUUCUCUCUUCAGUUUAACGUGUUCAUUAUACACUUAAUGUAUAGUCCCGAGGGAAACAGCUAGUUUUGUUUUCCAAAACUUCGUCCCGGGAAACAUCAGGACUCGAAGGAAAACAAAACUAACUGGUCUCCCUCGGGACUAUACAUUAAUUGCUUCGCUAUAUAUUUAGACUUUACCUUAAACAAUAAUGUGCUGUUGUAUUCGGCGCGCGGCCAACAACUGCGCGAUUGUAUCCCGGUCGAGAUACAUUUGAAUUUGAUCAGGGGCACGUGACCAAGAAUCAACCACUCACAGUGCUCGUUUUGUUGAGUGAAAGUCUAGGUAUAUAACAACAGCUCUUGUCUAUAGAUUUUAUAGAUUCUAGCCUCCUAGAUUUUAAACCGAUAAAGUUUUCAAGUUUUGUUCCUUUUUACUUAAAAUCGAAUUCUUUCGCAGAUUCUCCAUGAACUUAAUCAUCACAACAUUCUUAAGCUUCAUCACUGCUAUCCUGCUUUUGACAAAUACUACUUGGUCUUAGAACUGGCGUUUGGAGGAGAGCUUUUCGAGGACCUGGUAUCCAGAAAUGCCUUCUCAGAGAGCACGGCACGUGAGGCAAUGCUACAGCUGUUUACUGCUGUGGAAUACAUCCACGGGCUCAGAAUUGUACAUAGGGUAUGCCAUUCAGUUUUCCGCCAUCAACUCUUUUUUUUUUUUUUUUUUUUAAUUUUUUGUAAAUGUUCUAAGUUGUGUGUAUAGGGAUGAAACCUUCUAAACAAGAACUUUCCUUGCAGAAUAUCAGACCUGAAAAACUUAUUCUUACCUGGAGGUCAGCGGAAAACAACAAUCAUUUCCCUCCACUGAAGCUCAGCGGAUUUGGUUUGGCCAAAAAACUACCAGGUGUGAGAAACAAAACCUGAAAGAGUGGAUUAAUCGCGAUCGACUUGUAUAGCUUACUACCAAGAGAAUUUAAUCUCCUGUUACCACAUAAGUAAAUUAAAGUGAAGAACAACUCUUGUCAUAGUUUGACAGAAUGGCCUCGUGAAAUUCUGUCUUGAGCAUAAUUUUUUUGAUUGUACGCCAAAGCUCGGGGUCAUUGUGUUUUCCACUUUUAACGAAAAAAGGCAAAGUAUAGGGUGACGUUUUCUCACGAGUUGAGUAGAGAUUUUGUCCAUAUUUUUAGAACGCAUGAAUCGAUUAUUCUCCUCUUGGACGAGGCGUCAAUAAAUCACUGAUUAUAAGAGAGGAGAAGCAUUAAGCGUGUAAAGUGUCUCAAGUAAGAUCAAAACACGAUGAGCCGAGCAGGGCUCGAGCUAGAAUCUCCCAAUCCAGAGUUUUACGCGUUUACCAUCCAACUCCCUUAUUUCCUUUAAGAGACUUGAUCAACGUAGUAUUUGGAUGUCUGAGUCCUUGACACAAGCUGGUACAGAAUUUGAAUUUGGUCCAAAAUUUGGUACACUUCCUCAGGUCCAGUAGGCGUGUUCAUUUUAAUUUAGUCACUCGUGACUCUUUCUGCGCAUCUGCACUCUCGUAGAUAUUAAGCCUCGCAUAUUCAAAGCUAAACUUGAUCUUCAUUACAUGACGUCCAAAUAGUAACGUGGUGCUUUACUUUACUCAGUGUAGUAUUGAUUUUUUUUGUUAUUAUUUUUUGCCUUCCAGAACAUUCCGACAUCAUUUCUUGUCCAAUAGAGGGAUCUCCAUUAUAUCUUGCCCCCGAAACAGUGAAUAGACAACCAAUUGGUCGGGAAGUAGACAUUUGGGGUUGCGCUGUGAUAUUUUAUACAAUGCUGGUUAGUAUUCGAACCUUAAUCAGUACUUGAACAAAAUUCUUGAACGUGAUUGGUUAUCACCAGCCCGAUUUAAGCACUUCUAGGACAGUAUACGUGUCAUGCUUGUAAUUAGAUAGUGCAGCAGGAUAGUUGACACGUCAUGUCUGUGUAAGUGGGCAGUGUGUGCGUCAUGCUUACUCGUUGGCCAUUUCGCCGAGUUAGCUGUCUUUGUUUAUGAUAACGUAUGGCUGAUGUCUUAUAUCUUUCUUAAAUUUCGCCAAAGUUUUGAUUUAUUGGUGGCAGGACUUUAUCUCGUCUAAUUCUGUCCUUAAUAAUACUCGCAAUUAACAAAUCGGACUCCCGCUUCGCUGUCGCCCGAUUUUGUUCAUCAUUCGUAUGAUUACAAACCAAAUUGAACUCCAUUUGCAGUCCUAUUACCAUUAUAAAUCGAGACGAGUGUGGAUGUGUAAGAUUUCUUCUUAUUUAGCUCUUUUUCUUUCAAAUCUCGGUCAUGAAAAGUUGGGCUUGUUCGUUGGACUAGAAGAAAUCGUCUUUCAUUUUAGACUGACUACUACAAAAUUGGAGGAAAUGUUUAUAAAUAAAAUAUAUGUAGUUUGUGGAUAACACUUGCAUGAUUUGUAGCAUUUCCUACUCCACGUAUAGGCAUACAUUAAAUCAGUAAAGAUACCUUUGAUGGUUUGUCAACUGAUUAAUGUAACUCCGUUGCCGUUGUCUUCAAUAUCUGGUUGAUACUGCCUUGAACAUCUCUUAACUUAUUUUAAUACCAAAAUGUUUCUUUGAAGGCUGGUUACCCUCCUUUCUGGAGCACAAAUCGAGGUGAACUCUUCGGAGUUAUUGCGCUUGGAAAAUAUAAUUUUCCAGAUCAAGAGUGGAAAUCUAUAUCUGAUGGUGCUAAGCGGCUGCUAAAAGGCAUGGUAAGAGAUCUUGAUCGAAUUUUGAUUCCAAGCUUUGCGGUAAUAUGUGAUGAUUACUAUUGCAAUUUUUUUCGACGGCUUGCCAAACGGUUAUUCAUGUAAUAAUUACUAAUGCCGGGCGAUGGAAUCUUAACUUCGACCUCUUGACACACGCUCUUACUUCUUUCUUAACAGCUCAUGGUCGAUCGAAAUGAACGAGUGACAGCGACAGAACUUGUGAAAGAUCCGUGGACCCAAAAUAGAAAGUUAUCUACGGCUCAUCGGAAGGGGACUCUGGAUCAUCUAAGUGCUUUUAACGCCAAAAGGAAGCUCAGGGGGGCUGUGUACACGAUCUUUGCCAUGAAGAGAAUGAUGGAAAACCCAGAACCUUUGCCUCUGACAAAUGGUGUCAAAUCAUAGAAUAAGAUUAUUUAGAUAUAAGCACAGUAUUUUAAACUCAAAAUAUUUUCUCGUUGCAAAUGGAAAUGGACUUCAUGAGUGAUGUUAGUGCCUGGUUAGUUUGAAGAUCUAGACUCCUAACAGUAUUCAGUAUUUUGUUAGUUCUUGCGUCAUUCUUACGAUGUGCAUUAAUUUUGGCAAUACAUGGAAAUUGCCACUUGAAGUAAGGUUCAAUUUUGCCUCCCCUGAUACCAUUUAAUUUAAUGACUAUGUAAACACCAAAUAGCCCAGUUUUAAGUUUAUAAAGUUUGAAAAAGAGAAAUCUUAUGUCUCCUCUCGCAGUGGGAUGUGGAGAGGAUUUUAGGGAUGUUGAGGUGAAGGGCUAGUCUCGUCCCAGACCUUUCACGGUCAAGUGGUAGUUACACGGUAGGAUCUGGGUACGAGAUUGGAGAGGGCUGUUCACUGGCAUUUUUUAAUUUGGUUUUAAACGAGUUCUAAAUUUUCGACUGUACCCGUUCUUUUCUUCGAGUUGUCGUUUUAUUUUAUUUCAUACAACUAGUAUUUAAAGCUAAACAAAUGGGAAAUAGAAACGCUUUUCAGAAAAUUUGAUUGGAAAUAUUCGGUCUCUUUUUAUCUAGUAGAUGAGCAGAAUUUUUUCGUUUACAAAUGAAAGAGAAGAUUGUAGAUUCUUGAUAGAAGUGAAAACUUGCCGAAUUGAAAAAGCUUUGUGGUAUACAGUAAAGUUAUUACUUAGAGGAGAGACGGAAAUAAAAACAAUUUAACAGUCUCGGCGUUUUACGUUUUGAUCUGCGAGGACGGUUUAAAUAGAAGAGUUGUUGAG